AUGCAUGACAGCGUAUACAUUCAAAAUUGUUUAGCCACCGAAAAACGAGCAGAACAGCAGAGCCUUUUAAGAUCCGUUGAUUUCUGUAAAUUCAUUUUCACCCCCACUGGCUCUGGACCUACCAUUCCCUACAUCCCGCUCGUCUACUUGAUAAUGCCAUGUCGUCGUGGGCCGAAGCCUCAGACUACUGCAGAACAGGAAGAAAAGCCAUGUCGUCGAGGGCCGAAGCCUUGGACUACUGCAGAACAGGAAGAAUUCCUGUUAAGCAAACUUAGCAAACGAAAGUAUACACGGUAUUCUUUCAUGUCACAUGAGCGCAACAAAGGUCAUAUGGGUGUCCCUUUGGAGGGAGACCUCACAACAGCCCAGGCAGAAGUACUGACUGAUGCCAAGGAACAUCAUAAAGAACAGCUCAAAGUAUGGUAUAGAUGGCAGACUAAUGUUGCAUGUCUUGCGCGAGCAGGGGGAUCGAAAGGGAUGCUUGAUGUGAGUGCAACUCUGAGUGGAGGAGAUGAGGUAUCAGGACGAGCGCCACAAGAAGUAGAAGUAUACUCACAGAUUUUCUACGAUGAGCACGUGAAGGGUGAAGCAGAUGCAGCAAUCAAGGCUGAGGGUAUCAUGACAUGUGGCCGAAAGCUUGCAAAACGAAAGGACCUCACUCGCACUAGAUAUGCUGUUGAAGACGAUGGCAUAAAAGCUGAGGUCCAAGCAAGGCACCAAGAAGCCCUUGAAAUCUGGAAAAAAAAAUGUGAACUAGCCAAAGCUGGUUGUGUGCAAGAAGUUGAACAAGAGGAGAAGAUUAGAGCCUUCAGUGAACUUGGAGCACAUCUUGAUCACAUCUUCCGCCACCUGUCCCAUAAGACGGGUGGACUUAAGUUCACCUGUAUUGCAGGAGGACGACACCCAACAACGGGAGAAAUCAUCGUUCUUGACUACCAUCUUGGGGAGACAGAGAUGGGGGUUGAAUUUUCGGGCCAAUAUGCUGGGUUUGGCGAAGUUCAGACAGCCUAUGCAGAUUUUAUCAAAUUGGCAAUGGCACACGAUGACAAGAUGCUAGCGCUAGCACUGGAUCCCGGUACCACUUCAGAUGAGGUGCCCAACAAGUCAGAGGAGAUUUUUUGGGAGGGUAGCAGCGAGGAAAAGGCUGUUGAGGAGGAUAUGGGGGAUAUUGAGCUGGGGAUGAACAGCCUUUAUCAGUUCAAUGUGCCGGACGACCAAGAGUUUACUGUCAAAUCAACACCUUCAGGCGCUAGGACCACCACUAUGGGAGCACCAAUUGUCCCUCUCACUUCUGACCAGCUCGACAUCUCCAACUUCGACAUGACUCAGACUGUUGACAAUAUCUUCGCAAGCCUGCUGCUGGGGCCCUAUGACCCAUUCACUAUGACCAAUACCCCACCUUGUCUUGAAGAUCUUGACUUUAGCUUCAUGUAUGACUCCUCCGACUUGUCUAGUUAUCAAAAUUCCCCGCUCGUAUUCCAUGUCUAUUUUCGGGUAAUACAGCCAUGCCUAGUAGCAUACCGAGUAACACACCGCUCUCGCAUUUCAAUCACUUACCUGCCUACUACACCUCCCGGCGCAAGCACCUCUGGCAUCAACAUGGCAGAUCCCAACUUACCUAACCUUCUUACUGGUGUAAUAACCGGUCUUGAAGAGCUCAAGGAAGGUCCACAUCAAACUUCACAACCGCUGACAUAUUUUAAUCACUUACUGCCUACUACACCUCCUGGCACAAGCACCUCUGGCAUCAACAUGGCAGAUCCCAACAUAUCUAACCUUCUUACUGGUGUAAUCACCGGUCAGGAAGAGCUCAAGGAAGGCGCACAUGUACGCCUGCCCAUCUCUGUUGAUAAAGAAAACAACAAGCGACAGAAGGCUGAUGCCGCUGGUGCAGGCCUGCAAUCCAGAAAUUGUUCACUGGACUUCUAUGACAGGAAACAGAAGCACGUUUGA